AUGCUGAAACUCAUACUUCUUCCAAUUCUUCUCAUUGCUUUGGUCCGCGGACACGGUCCCGGCUGCUACUUGCCUGUCGUUCCAGGUACUUCUGUCAACUGCACCAACUCUUCAUCCAUUAGAGUAUGUCUCACUCAGCAAGGUCUUAUUCCAGCAAUUCGAUGAAUUUCAGUACCAUUUUGACCCAUAUGUGAAUGAAUGUCACGCCUUCCCUUACAACGGAUGCGGAGGAAACGCGAACAACUACGAGACGCCUGGAGAUUGCAUCGAUAAAUGCAUUGGAGAUUGGAGUGGGCUCAUCGUCGUUCAUUCUUCUGAUUUCGGUGAAAUUCUUCAGGAAAAUACUUUCAAUGUUCUCUCGGAAAGAAGCCGAUCUUCAACGACAACGGCAGUCCGCAGUGUCCGGUGGCCGAUUCGGAGACCUCUGAAGGGUGCAAGGACACAGCCUUGUGCGUCAACUUCUACACGAUCGGUCUGUGCUGCAACAAAACGGUGGAAGUGGGCCUCGCGGCCGACAAGUCUGCGACGUGUCCAUCCGGCAAGGCCCGCUAUCAAAUCGACGGGAACACUGUGCUCGCGAAGGUGUGCGCCGACGUGACGUGUCCGAGCGGAUACUCCUGCGAGACGGGCAACUUUUUCGCGUAUUGUUGCCAAGACUGA